AUGCAGAUGCUGUCCCAACGAAUUGCGCGGGUCUCGACGAUCCGCAGCGCUGCUCAGGCAGUCCGCCGAACCCCCGUUGUCCAACAGCGAACCUUCUUCCCUCCCUCGAUCAACGACAGCAAGGUCCUUGAGGAGAAGUACCCCGAGUACCCCCGACUCUCCGAGGCCGAGGAUCCCAACAUGAACGGCGGCUACAUCAACCCGCCUUUCAUCAAGCGCCAGCACCGCGACCCCCACGCCAACUGGUGGGACAAGCAGGAGCGCCGCAACUUCGGCGAGCCCGUCCACGAGGACCACGAUCUGCUCGGCAUGUUCUCCCCCCACGAGUACACCUGGACGACGACGGGCCCCGGUCUGCUCCAGAUCGGUGCCUUCAUUGCCGUUUUCCUCGGUGUCUGCGGCGCCGUCUCCAUGGCCUACCCCGACAAGCCUUCCUACCCGAGAGAAUUCCCUGGCGGACUGGAGAGAGAGCUGGGUGGUGCCAAUGCCGUGCGGACAGAUCUACACUUUGGAAUCUUCGAUCCACCAACUGUCACUGCAUUCGUUCCCAGUCUGUGCUACGGCUCUCCCUUCACUGUCUAUGUCCACAAUUUGGCACCGCCUCAAGCUCAGGACGUAUAUCAUGGCCACCCUGGCCUGCCAAACAUGGUUGAGGCCCGAGUUGUGAUCGACGGGACCUUGACGGCCAUGACAACAUUCGACCAUCACACAAGAUGGCCUGCGGCAAUCACGGACAGUUUGGUGUCUCACCCCAAGACUGGCGUAGCCGAGCCUCUCCGGUUCCCAGGUUUCCGUAACGAGCUGGUCUUCCAGAACAUGUGGAAACCGCACGACAACGCUGGACGUAUCAAGGUCAUCAUCAGCGAAGUCACUCCCGAGAACUCGUUCAUGUCGUCCGGCAGCCGCAUUAGACCACUCGCGGUCUUCUCCUUCCAGCAUGCUCCGCAAGAGCGUAUAGACAGCCCCGACUUCGGUUUGAGGGAAACGACAGACACAGGCCCAGCUCACUGCGGGGGCUCUGCCCAAGCCCAAUCCCAUGGCGGUCAACAAAGCACUCCCAUCUACCUCCAAGGGCAUGGCUCUUCCGCGUCAGUCAACUUCCAAAAUACGUCAGGCUGGAAUGACCCUCGAGUCAAUGGGCCCCUCGAAGCUAUUUCGCAGGUUGUGAGCGAUUUCUACGGAAGGCAACGGGCCGCGAGUAAGGGAUCCUCGAAUGCCAGCUUUCCUGAUUAUGCCUCUUCCCACUACAGCACCCACGCUCGUGUGGCUUCAAACACUGCAAGGGCCCCGUCUGGUCUCUCACAGCACGGGCAAAACAUGGUUCCGCAGGCCAAACCAUUUGACAACAUGCACCCGCAGGUUGUGCUUGACGAUUGUGUCUGCUGCGGACAUUCGCAGGUAUCGCACUCGGCGAGCCCGUCGUCGCAUGAGCGCGGCAUUCCACCUCCGGCAUCCGAGGUUCGAUCGAGAAAGGAGGUUCUCGCUCAGCAAUCUGCCGGCAACCCAAAGGGUCCAGCGUUUGCAUACGCCCCUUCCAAACCCGACAAACUUACACAAGGACGCCACAUAUCGGAGCCGACUUUGCUGCCUCUGGCUACUUACAAUGCGUCGACUCGCGUUCCUUCGUUUGAUUUUUCAUUCCGGAAAGACUUCCCUAUUUCCAAGACCAGCCGAAGAACGAUCUCGGGAAAGGUAUUUGGCGCAGACAUCACCAAUGUUGAGACUCGGGACUUCGCAUUGGCAAAUGAUGGUCUCAAAGAAACUAGCUUCAUUCCCGCCGGUUUUCAGGCCGUGAGCGACGCUGGCCUUGUCUCUGAUUGUAUUAUUUGA